GCGUCUUCUUGCUCUUCUUACUCUUUCGCAACCUGAUUGAUCUUCACGAUCAUUGUCUCUUAUUUUGCAUCGCACCUCGAGGAAAAUUGUUGGUCAAUGCAUUGGAGACAGCAGCUUCAAGCAGAAUACGUGACCUCUCAACCUAUCGAGGACUAGGUCAUCUGCCCUCGGGUGUCUCGGGUGGGGUGUCAAUGAAGCUACAAUCUUGUCAAGAUGUCAAAUCCCCUGCUUCUUGUCCAGUUUUGUUGUGGUUUCCUACCUUUUUGGCCGUUUCCGCCUGAAACGAACCAAAUCACAGGACGUAGGACGGGAAAAAA